AUGUCCAAAGAAGCGGGCCUGGACAUGGCUCGAGAGAAGGAGGAGGCUGCCGCUCGAUCAUCAGGCGUCAAAUCCUUCCUGAGCGGCGGCUUUGGCGGUGUCUGCUGUGUCUUGACGGGCCAGCCGUUUGAUCUCACAAAGGUCAGGCUACAGACUGCUCCGCCUGGGACCUACAACGGCGCUCUGGACGUCGUGAGAAAGACGUACAAAGCAGAUGGCGUAAAAGGGCAAGCUCGAGCUCUUUUCACGGCCUUCUUCAAGGGCAUGGGAUCACCUCUUGUCGGCGUCACGCCCAUGUUCGCAGUCUCCUUCUGGGGCUACGGCAUGGGCAAGAAGCUCGUCUAUUCCUUCACACCAGACCGCAGCUCGCCCAUCUUGAGCAACGGAGAGCUAGCAGCAGCGGGCUUCUUCUCUGCCCUACCCACAACGCUCGUCGCUGCACCCGUCGAGCGCGUCAAAGUCGUGUUGCAAACGCAAGGCGAUAAUCCAAAGUACAAGGGACCGAUAGACGUUGUCGGUAAGCUGUACAAAGAGGGAGGAAUCAGGUCGCUCUUCCGUGGCACGCUGGCGACCGUUGCUCGCGAUGGACCGGGCUCAGCAGCGUAUUUUGUGACCUACGAAGGGGUCAAAGCAGCCAUGACGCCGCCCGGACAAUCUCCCAACGAUCUCAACUUUGGAUCCAUCAUCACCGCAGGAGGACUUGCGGGAAUGGCAAUGUGGUCGUUCGCUAUCCCACCAGACGUGAUCAAAUCACGGCUACAAAGCUCGCCAGAAGGCACCUACAAGGGUUUCAUCGACUGCGCGACAAAGACGAUCGCAGCAGAUGGUCCCAAGGCGCUCUUCCGUGGCUUCUGGCCAGCCAUGGCCCGAGCAUUCCCCGCAAAUGCUGCCACCUUUGUGGGCGUAGAGGUUGCAAUGAACGCAAUGAACAAGGUGUUCUAA